AUGAGUUUGGUUCAUCCCGACACUCGUAUCAAAUCCAGUAAUUUAAGCGACAACAGUACUCGCCCAUUCUUGAAAGAACCCGGACGCUCCUACUGUACCCGAGAUUCUGCACAGAAUGCAAAAUGUAGGGUAAGUUUCUUCAUUUCCUCAUCACCGUUUCUCUCCAUUAUAAUGCCUACGAAAAUAUGUUGGUUACAAUUAAUCCCGGCUGCCGGACUCUGACAGAACAUUAAUAUUUUCCAUUGGCGUUCGGAUUUAUUUUAGUCAUUGGCCUUUUGGCCCCCGAAAUUCAUUUUUGAUCAAAUGACAACUCCGACCGUAUCUGAAGGUUAAAAAUGAAGGCUUAGAUAAGUACCCAUAGCUCAAAGUUACCGGAAUUUUCGUGAAGGUUACUUUGUGACUUUGCAGAUUCGAAAAGCAAAUAAUAGUAAGCGUCACAGGCCAUCACGAUAAACACGGAGGAGUAAUGCGACACUGCGAUGCAGGGGAGCGUUAGGGGAAUAAUGUAUCACUUAAUAGUCGCGCUGCAGUGACAGUAGUUGAUGUUUAACCAGGAGGAGGACGGUAGGGCUGGUUAAAAUUAUACGACAAUGAUAAUUUCAUUUUCAAUUUGCGCUUUUAUCACACUGGAUUGGAUAUCAAACAUAGUUUUCUCCAUGCUAACCGUCGAAGCCCAAAGACCACUUUGCGAAUAUGUGACAGAGUUGAGUAAUUAUCUUUACAGGCAUAAAAUAAGCGGCCCAAUGUUUGUGCCCUUUUUCCCGCUAGAUCUGCCUGUUUUGAAAAGGAACCUUUUACUCCAACUGAUGAGCUCUAACUCAACCAGACUUCGUUUCAAUUGCUAUUUUGACUGACACCAGUACUGGUUUAGUCGGAUUCGCAGUCCAUAUUAUAAGCCGUUAAUGCUCAUGGCGAUUCCCGGAGAUGUGGUUCAGCAAAUUGUCUUGUUCAAUCUAUUGGUAGGGUCCUAUUCAGAAACGGACCCGCAUAGGCAACCUUAUUUAAUGCCGGACAACUUUCAUCAUAUACUAAUAUUGCCCUGGUCUGUGAACUUUCCAUGGCUAAUGGAGUUACAAACUCGAUGUCCAACCACUCUUGAUGAUAGUAUUGCUGCACGAUUUGCGACUUCCUAUUUGCCGGACUCGAGAGUUUUCUUCGCAGCUAGCCAUCAUUAAACGUGCCGAGUAACCUGUGGCUGUCGCUUUUUUUAAAAUCCACGUUUUAUACCCAGCUCAGUUUACUCGAAUAUAUGUAAUCAUAAUGGCGGACAGUUUUAGCGAGAUUGGAUUUCUUCCAAAAUGCAGACUAUCAGGUCUUGGUCCAAGUCAAGAAAUUUCAAGUAAGCAUCCAGUCAUCAGAAAGCAUCUUUGCCACUUGAAAAGUCACCCCUUGUUGCUUGUAUUGACUUGACCUUUGUUUUUGGGCCUGUGGUCCUGGCCCUACAUUGCCCAGAUAAUUGCUGUCAUUGUGGCCUGUUUCGUUUAUGUGCGACGGAAACUGGAGGGAUUUUUUAAGAACUGUCCAUGGACACAUAUCUUAUUUUGAUGGUCACCUCUGUUCAUGCAAUUCAUAAUGACGGUAGCUUGCCCCGAAUCCCUUUUCUCUUCGGAAUCGUAUAUAUACAACCUUAAGUACACAUGAAUGUCUCUUGUUUUCAUGUUUUACUGUGUCUGAGGUGUUUCCAUUUAGCCACGUCCCUCCAUGACCAAGCGAAAGGCUGCCGCUGCAUCCGGCGGUUGUAGACUUACGGAUUUGUGUCCCGAAGAUCGUGAAAGGCUUGCCGAUCUUGUCAGUCACCUUUCCGACGUCCAGAGUGCGCUUGAGGCCGCGAACGAGCAGCAGUUGCUGCAGCAGUCCUCUGUUCAAGCCGCACUGGGAAGUAAAAAUGUGCCGUUGGAAACCACACGCCUGAACCCUGCCCUCAUCCAAAAUUCACCGGCGCAAUCCCUCAUGCUGCAUGAUCCGUCAGGUUCCGAACUACACCAGCUAACUUGUCAACGGAAUACAUCAUCUCUGCCUUUAGUAACCUCACUUGAGACAGAACGCUCUACCUUUCCUCCCUGCCUAAUUACCCCUCCCAACCUGCCCUGCAGCAGUUACCGAUUGAAUCAGUCUUUGAUUGGUGCCCAAAACGUCCCUUCACUUGCCGCUGCCGCCACCAACGCGAUCCCUGCUCGACGGUGGAGUAAUGACCCAACCAGCUGUCACUCCAACAAUCACUGGGGAAUUAACGGUCGUCUUCUGGUGACUCCCAACAUGAAAUACGUAUGUUUCCAUUUUCCGCUUUAGUUGGUACUGUGUGCUAAAGUUAUCACGGUCUGGUCGUUGCGUGAUGGUUACGACUCAGUGGAAUAAUAUAGGAAGACAUUGGGACCUUAUUACGUCGAGACAGUAAAUGCUUUCUAACGGGCUGGGAAGUCGACCUGUGGGUGUUUUAGGGCCGCAGGCCAAAUGACCACAGGUAUUAGCUAAAUGGCUAGACACGCGCCUCGCGACUUUAUGCCACUGAAUGACGCAGUGGCGAGAGGUUCGACCCAUCAACGCUCCCCAUGCCCAUUCUGAGUCAGGUUGCCGGCAAAUUUCCUUUGCAAACCCAUCUACUGUUUCAAUUGAAAGCGCAUUCACAAGGGUCGUUCCAUUUGUGAUAAAUUCCUGUCCAUAUCGUAUGUCAGGUACCUAGGCGCCUGUGGGACGUUUUAAUAAAGUUCGUUGCAGCUUUUGUAGAGGUAUGAACUCUGGUUGUCAACAACGGAUUUCGACUAUGUGAUUUUAUCUUGCGUCGCGCCAGUUACUGGCCAGAAACUGACGUGGUGCUAUCCUGAACACUAACCUUUCCUGCAUAUUCCUCCGCCUAUUUUGUCACAAGACAUUAAUUGCCCCUCCCUCUUCACACACACAUACACUUCCAGGUAACUCCCACUCAGUACGAGCGCCAGCUCUCGCUACUCGAGUCUGAACUUCAGAACCUGCGUGCGAGUCUUGGUGGAUGGACACACGGUCCGCACAGGCUCGUCACACCCGACCGCCACACGUCACAAGCUGAUGAACGCCAAGGUAAGGCCGAAACGCUUUUUGUCUUCUUCAAGCGUCUCUCAUUGUUGGACCGCCCUUAGUAAAGAGACCUCAACUACUCUGACUUUGAACAGGCAUGUCCUAUGAUGGGCAGAAACACAUGUCCUCCGUCAAUACUCAAUUGAGCCGCCCUGGAGGUGCUCUGUCAAAUCAAGCCAACGGCGUGAGUCUGCAGGCUGAAUCGGACAAAGCAUCACUUGAGACAGAGAGGCCGGCGCCAGCUGCACCUAUAUCUAAACUGCCAGCCGAAGUACGUUGUUUUGCAGACCGCUUUUUAAUAUGACUUCGUGUGUUUCGAGAAGAGCGUUGAAGACUCGGCUGUAGGCUGGGUGGAUAACUUGACCCAAAUGUUAUUAAACUCAGGUCUUCCGUCGGGGCCUCGCAGCUCUGGUGGUUAGGGCGUUGGCUGUACUAACACUUUCUCCUUACUGCGUGGAUUCGAGCCCCACCGAGGUGCCGCGUCUUUCAUAGGUUUGAUGAUAAUGAAUUAUUCAAAAUCUGCCAAAACACCUAUGUAUUGGAGGUCUCUUGGUUAGGAAGUGAUGGAGGGACAGAAAGAGGUACCGCAGUGUCCAGAGGCGUUGCUUUGUUGGCAAGACUUUCGUUUUGUCCCAGUCAACACCAAUGCAAAGCCUUACACCUUUUAUAUCUUUUCACAUUUUGCCCAGUCAACGCUUUCCAAACGAAAUUGUCCUCGAGCAUACGUAACGCAGUCAGGCCAUCUGAGAGUUCGAUCACCGUGACCAGCGAUGUACACCGUGUGUUCCACAGCUGGGUGAGAACAGGCAUGGUAACUUGUGCGUGAUUUCUUUUAUAGUGAUAAUGGACUUGCGCUGCACCUAAUGCGCACCCUCAUCCCCCGUCCGGUCAGGUGUCAGGAGAGAGUCAAGGUGACUCGCGCGGCCGGAGCCGCACCUAAGCGUGUCGUCACACCGGGCUCGGGUCCCACUAGGCGCGAGUGCCAUGAAGGCCACAUUAGAAAGGAGCCAUUGUAGCAUGGAUCUCAGGCCAAAAGUCGGCCACACAACAAACUGGGCCGACUGCAAGGACCAAAUUACCCCGCCAAUUGGCAACCUUCCAAGCCAUGGCUUUUAAGGCACUGUGACAGCUACAAGCGUGUCAAAUUGUUAACAUUAAUGAAAAUGCGUCGAUUCGUUGACAACAUUCUCUUAUCCCACUCCCAGGCCCCAGCCACCAUCCAAGUCGAUUAGUUGUCAGAUUAGGGGAAUGAACGCAUUGGUGACCUUGUGUGCGCGUUCCACCUUCCCCGGUUGCUCGUAGAAUUGUCGUCGCUUGUCUGGUCGGCCCAGUCUGAUUUUGCAACACACGUCCCUUUGCAUACUUUCGGUCCUGGAAGGGUGUAUUCGCGCAUUUAAAACUAUCAUCAACAAGACGUUUAGUCUUGUCACCGAAAUGACGAAAUUCUACAUAGGUUGCCCUAAUUGCGACUGCAUCUACCACGAGACAUAUUGGCGAAGCAGUGCCACCAGGUUAAACUCAACCGUCAUUGACAACUGCAGACGCAGGAUAGGUCCGGUGUUAUCUUUAUAAUUGAUUGCGCUUGAAUGUGCAUUAACCAUGUGUUGUCGUUGUCAGUCCGCUUGAGGAAGCUUGGUCAGUCAUCUUUUACUAAAUCUUGCCCCUUUCUUCGCUUUUAGACAGCCGCGGAUGUUCUGCCAUUCACAGUAAUGGAUAGCAAACCAGAGCAACUGAACGCUGUAGGACGCGCAUGUUCCGUGCCCGUUUGGGAAGUUCUGAGUGAUGAAGAGGUCGAGAGUUGCACUCUCAGAGAUUCUUGCAAACCCAAGGACGCCCCCCUUAAACUGGCCGCGAUGACUCCGGCCCCUGGAAGGCCUGCUCGGGGUUUACCGGCUAACCACUCUCCCUCUCUACCUUCCCGACAGGACUUAAAGACGCCCAAAGUCCUUAUCGACGAGGCUGUCCAAAUGGGUGAACAGAAGUCGUCAUCCGAGAAUGCCGUCCAGACAGAUCCUACCGUGCCAGAGAGCAGUCAGCGAAAUUCAAAUGCAGUCACAGAGGACACGGCUGCCCCAGAGGUAAACUAUCACUUGUGCACCGGCUUUCGCCGGGUGCAUAUUUUGCAUUAAGUGUUACCGACGAAGAGAAGUAGCAUUAAUGGGACAGCAGAUUACUUUUAACUUAGGCGUCCAUGUCAGGACCGGAGCACGUCUGACUGAUGUCAGUAAACAAGCCAGAAAUAGCCAUCCACGAAGACUCAAGACUCGAAGCCCUAAGGCAAAACGGAAAUGCCCAUCCCCGUCCUAAUAUCAGUAUAUAUUGGUGCCAGACGUCAAUCUCAUGUGACAUUCUGCCUGUCAUGCGUUGUUAGGAAUAGUCACUUUAAGCUUUCGUUGAAUUCUUGGAACUGACCUGUUUUUACACAGCUGCUCACGGCAGUGUUACGUCAACCGUUUUGAAGCCUCUUUAUGCACAUUUCCCAGCAUUAUCACAAGUGGCCGCUCCACACCUAUAAAAUGGGUCACGAGUUUAACUUCGCAGCCACCAAAAUAGUCGUCCACGCCAAAAACAAAACAAGCCGAGUAUCGAUUGAAGCCUGGGCCUCGGAUGAGAACUCAGCCAAUAAAUUUAUCGGCUUGACACUGGCUUAGAGCCCUGCGCAGUCAUCUCCAGUCUUGUGUCGUCGGUCGAUGAUUGGAUUACAUGCCCUAUAACGGUCGCUUGUUCUGCUGUUUGUACUACCUCUGACUGUGGACUCCUGCACGAAUCCGAAAGCUCAGGACAAUAAACAGUAUGUUUUCGGUGCUCGACCCCUCUUCUCCUUCUUCACGUAAGUAUCCGUAAACUUUGUAAGCUAGCUUUGAAUUUUACCAGCAAGUUGAGCGUCAGUGGAACUUCCAAAACUGUAAGGCGGACAUUCCAGAUGACCGAAUUUAUUUGUAUUUAAGAAGGGUAUGCAAGUUCAAGUAAUGAAGUAGACACCCCACGCAGCAGCAAGUACACAGACACAUAUAAGGGUUGUGUAAUUGUUCACCGUACUAACAACACAGGUACUAGCUAAAAGCCCAGACACGCGUGUUUCGCCGACCUUGUGUCGCUGCCUGACGUAGGUGCGAGGGGUUCGGCUCAUCAGUGGGUCCCUCAGAUUUCUCCGUGUGUUCUCUGGCAUAUGAACUCCAAUUUCAACACAUGGGGCUUCUGUCGUUUACCCCAAAUAUACCGACUAAUACUGCCUGAAGAAGGCGUACCCCUUAUUUAAUUAACAAUAGUAGGUGUUUUUAUGCAUUUUUACUUUUCGGACUUCACAUUUUUCAUUCAGUCUCUCGAAACCCAAACGUCGGCAUAUGUCUCCGCCGCAACCGCUUCGACUGGGGCCCAGUCACCAUCCAUACCUGUGCCCGUGGGUACCGCCUCCAGUGACAUCAGUGCCGGUCGUAGCACCUCACCCCGCCCCUCGGACAAUGUGGAGUUGAAACGUCUCGCUGCUCAACGAGCUGCCCGACGCCUUGCUUCGUCCCCUCCGACCUCAACAUUUGCUGCGGUUUCCUCAAAACCCAGGCGACUCCACCUACUGUCCCACAGAGACUCGCAUAGGCAAGCGCCCAACCUCCAUUUUCGUCGUCAGGUGCAGCUUGAGUUUGGAGGACGACCACAGACUAAAAACGUACAGACGAAGUCACGCAAGACAGCUCUUUCAAGAGAACUAGAAGAAGGACUGUAUUUAAGUCGUAAGUUGCCCGUACGUGGGCGUCUGUGUUCGUUUCUGCAUACGAACAGAAGAAAAUAGACGUGCCAUUUUGUUCAGACAGUAAAGUGAUGUUCGGUUGCGGAGGCACCGGUUUUAUUCAGUCGAUUUUUCGGAUGUAUGCCCUAACCAGUAUAUGGAGCGGACAGUCAAAGACUCGGCGCAGCAUUUCCAGAGUGCGCAUGCUAUUCAACCCCAUGCUUUCGGCUUUCUGGAUUACCGUCGCCCGAUGCCACUUAAUGAGCCGCAGCGAUUUACUGGGCCUAACAGGAGUGUUUGACCUAAUUCAAUAGUUCCUGGCCAAAGAAGUGGAUCACACGGACGCAAACAUUCCACCAAAUGCGAAUACACCAAUAACCAUUAGCAGCGAGAAAAAGCGGUGUCAGAAUUACCGUCCACAACUCACCGAACGCGGGACGUCCACCCCUUCGCAGCCGGUGAAAACAGCGUAACUAGGGAUUUUGUUUAGGUCAUAGUAGUUGCCGUUAGGCCGUCCAAGCAAGAAAUUAACCUUUCGAACUCAUUAUGACUGAUAAUGGUACUAUUUCUACACGCGAUCCAACUAACAAGCGGAGUUUUGCAGACUAUGGUUUACUUGAUCUAACCGUUAAUAAAUAUAGGCUGUGACCUUAGAAAUGCUGAUGCACUCAUCUUGUAUGGGAUUGGACUAGAACCUCUUUGAGAAUUUGCUUGUAGGUGAGAUGUAUUUCUGCACAUACUGUCAAAAUAGCCUCGUAUAUCUCCCGGCUCUCCCCAUAUUAAAUGAUACCAUCAGGCGAAAUAUUCUGAAACUUUAAAAACUACCUGAAGCACCCUUAUUAUAGGCGCGUCUGUCAACAGUAAACGACGAAAACAUCUUUAGACGCUAGCCUGACCCUUUAGGAUCAAUGGUUGAAUCCACCCGAAGCCUGGGAUCACUUGGCGCAUGUUGCGGGGACCAAAGGCUAAGACACGCACCGGGCGAUGCAUACGCGUUUCUUAUACUUCUUGCCAUCCGAUCCUUUAUUUUCCAAUUUGUGAGGCGUUUUCUAAUCCUUCCCCCUCCGCCCUACAUAGAGAUACUAAACAACUGCAAACACACUAGCAGUAACUGUCCAUCAUCCCGUCGGGCCUUCGGUGAACUGGGCAGCCUGCUUUCCGCCGAGGAAGAGGAGCUAUUUAAUGAACUCUUUUUUGUUAACUAA